AUGUCGGCUCAGCACAUCACCUCCCUCUUUGAAGCAUUCCUGGACAAGGUCAACACCCGGGAAUGGGAUGAGGCUAAGAACUAUCUCGGGGACACGGUGACCUACAACGAUCAACAAAAAAGCGGCAAUGACUUCAUCAGUCGCCUGAGCGCUGAUGUCAAAGGAGGCCGCCGUACUCAACUCAGGACUGAUGCUGUUGCUGUCCACUCUGACGGGAACUCCCUCGGCGCUCGCCAGAUUGCCACAACAGUCAGCGCUGAAGGAGUGUCCCUCGAAACGUGGUCGCUUGUCCUCGUUUUCCUUGACGCCAGGGGCAAGAUCUCACGCUUCUACGAGAUUGAAACGCGUCCGAACCCGCGAGCCCCUCUUACCGCCCGUGUCGCGCCCACGGCGCCUCCUGCGUCAGAAACGCGACUGUCAGCAGACGGUCUGAGGAAUGCAUACCACACGUACAUCCAAAGUUACAACGACGGUGCGAUGGCGGUUGUUGUGCCGCAGAUGAUGGCCCCAGAGCUGUUGAUGAACGGGAAUCCGCUCCCGCGCGAGGUUGUCGUCGGCUUCUUUGAGAAGUUUCUCCUGCCCGCAACAGCUGGGCUGAAGUAUCACGUCCAGGACAUGGUGACGGACGUUGAGAAGCAGCAGGUGUUUGUGAGGCUCACGCUUGAGGGGGUCCCAGAGAAUAAGAACCUCCAAAGAGGGGACAACAGACAAAACCCAGUUAAGAUCAAUGAGAUCGCAACGUAUGCAUUCCAGGAUAGCAAGAUUGCUUGGUGCUGGGCUGCGCCGGACUUUGACCUUACGCCGCCGUAG